UCAGCAUCCUCGCCUCGGCUAUAUAACCUGAGCUGCCGCACAGCCCCGACACGAGGAACUCGCCCACGCACAAGGCACGGCGUCCGAGGCUCCAGGGUUAUGAGACCAUCACGGCUCAGGACCUUCUAACAACAGGAAGCGGAAUCAUGACCAAAUCGUACAGUGAGAGCGGGCUGAUGGGCGAGCCUCAGCCCCAAGGUCCUCCAAGCUGGACAGACGAGUGUCUCAGUUCUCAGGAUGAGGACCACGAGGCUGACAAGAAGGAGGACGAGGACUCUCUGAGGAACGGGGGAGAGGAGGAGGACGAAGAUGAGGAUCUGGAGGAGGAGGAGGAGGAGGAGGAAGAGGAGGACGACCAGAAGCCCAAGAGACGCGGUCCCAAAAAGAAGAAGAUGACCAAGGCCCGCCUGGAGCGAUUUAAAUUGAGGCGCAUGAAGGCCAAUGCCCGGGAGCGGAACCGCAUGCACGGGCUGAACGCGGCGCUGGACAACCUGCGCAAGGUGGUGCCCUGCUACUCCAAGACGCAGAAGCUGUCCAAGAUCGAGACGCUGCGCCUGGCCAAGAACUACAUCUGGGCUCUGUCGGAGAUCCUGCGCUCAGGCAAAAGCCCCGACCUGGUCUCCUUCGUCCAGACCCUCUGCAAGGGCCUGUCCCAACCCACCACCAACCUGGUUGCGGGCUGCCUACAGCUCAACCCCCGGACAUUCCUGCCGGAGCAGAGCCCGGACUUACCCCCGCACCUGCCGGCGGCCAGCGCUUCCUUCCCCGUGCAUCCUUACUCCUACCAGUCCCCGGGGCUGCCCAGCCCGCCCUAUGGUACCAUGGACAGCUCCCACGUCUUCCACGUCAAGCCGCCGCCGCACGCCUACAACGCGGCGCUGGAGCCCUUCUUUGAGAGCCCGCUGACCGACUGCACCAGCCCAUCCUUCGACGGACCUCUCAGCCCGCCGCUCAGCAUCAACGGCAACUUCUCUUUCAAACACGAACCAUCCGCCGAGUUUGAAAAAAAUUAUGCCUUUACCAUGCACUAUCCUGCAGCGACCCUGGCAGGGACCCAAAGCCGCGGUUCAAUCUUUUCGGGCGCCGCCGCCCCUCGCUGCGAGAUCCCCAUAGACAAUAUCAUGUCCUUCGAUAGCCAUUCGCAUCACGAGCGAGUCAUGAGUGCCCAGCUCAAUGCCAUCUUUCACGACUAGAGGCACGUCGGUUUCACCACUCCCGGGAAACGAACCCACACUGUGCUUACAGAGACCGUCGUGUUUACAGAGGGCAGCCCUCUUGUACGAUUGCUGCAAAGUGCGACUACUCCCCAAGCUUCAAGUGAUAUAUGUAUUUAUUGUCGUUACUGCCUUUGGAAGAAACAGGGGAUCAAAGUUCCUGUUCAUCUUAUGUAUUAUUUUCUAUAGCGCUACUAUUCUAAAAAAUUAUGACAAUACAAUAAGGUAAAAAAAAAAAAGUGCACCAUGAGUUUGGUGUAGCUGUGUUCAGAUCAUAUUAAUUAUCUGAUCGGGAUAAAAAAAUCACAAGCAAUAAUUAGGAUCUAUGCAAUUUUUAAACUGAUAAUGGGCCAAUUAAAAUAUAUAUAUAAAUAUAUAUUUUUCAACCAGCAUUUUACUACUUGUUACCUUUCCCAUGGUGAAUUAUUUUGUUGUGCUUUUGUACAGAAUUUUUAAUGACUUUUUAUAAUGUGGAUUUCCUAUUUUAAAACCAUGCAGCUUCAUCAAUUUUUAUACAUAUCAGAAAAGUAGAAUUAUAUCUAAUUUAUACAAAAUAAUUUAACUAAUUUAAACCAGCAGGAAAGUGCUUAGAAAGUUAUUAUGUUGCCUUAGCACUUCUUUCUUCUCUAAUUGUAAAAAAAAAAAAUAUUGCACAAUUUGAGCAAUUCAUUUCACUUUAAAGUCUUUCCCUCUCCCUAAAACAGAGACCAGAUCCACAACUCUCAAGAGGAUGAAAAAAGAAAUGUAUUUCUUCUCAAAACAUAUCAAUUCAUUUCUUGCACAAGCUUGUAUAUACAUAUUAUAAAUAAAUGCCAACAUACACAUCUUUAAAUUGAAAGCUGCUUGACUAUCACAUACAAUUUGCACUCUUUUCUUUUUAGUCUUUUACUCCUACACAUUUCAUGAUUUUACAGAGCAUCUGAAGCUAUUGGUAAUUCCAGAAAAUAUAAAUGCAUGAUUUUUAUACAUAGUCACACAAAUGGUGGUUUGUCAUAUUCAUGUAAUCAAUCUGAGCCUAAAUUUAUUCAGGUUGUUAAUGUUGGGAUUUAUCCUGUUGUAGUCAGUUAGUACAGUAGCUUACAUAAACUUCAAACCAUUUAAUUCAUAAUUAGAACAAUAGCUAUUGCAUGUAAAAUGCAGUCCAGAAUAAGUGCUGUUUGAGAUGUGGUACUGGUAUCCCUGGGUUUGAUCUGUACUGUAAUCUUGUUUGUAAUCUUGUAUAUUAUGGUGUAAUGCACAAUUUAGAAAACACUCAUCCAGUUGCAAUAAAAUAGUAUUGAAACUCCAAA